AUGGCGAAGCAGGCCAUACCGGACGACUGGCUGACCUGGGCCUUCUCGCCAAGCUGGUCCGCGAUUCUGGUCACUCUCCUGGUCUCUCUAUCACUCCCAGUCCUCCUUCACUGGUACAUUUAUCGCAAAGCUUCCCAGAAGGAAAUAGCCAGCAUUCUGCUCGUCGGGCCAAGCGGUGCUGGCAAGACGAGUCUAUUGACUCUGGUACGCAGGCAGAACUACGCUGGUAUGAAGGAAUAGCAGGCUAAGACAUCGACAGUUCGCGAACGGCACAAUCUCAACAACCCGCACCUCGCAAGAGCCCCAGACAGCACUCGUCCAGCUCCCCUCAACGACCCGAUCGAAAGACGACCGCUACCGUUCCGAGAACGACACCUCCUCCCGCUCCCAACCCAAAUUUCACCUCGUAGAUACACCCGGCCACGGCAAAUUACGCCACCAUGCAUCGACGGCCGUCUACAGCCGCACUGCCAUCCGAGGAAUCCUCUUCGUCGUAGACAGCGCUGCGGUGAGCUCUCCCACAGGCCUCACAGAAACAGCCGAAUAUCUCCACGAUAUACUAUUACUCCUGCAAAAACGGCACACACAAGGCAAAACUUCCAAAGGGCCUGCAUCGAUACCUGUCCUGGUGGCAGCGAAUAAGCAGGAUGUCUUCACUUCGCUGCCAGCUGGUCUGGUGAAGUCCAAGUUGGAAGAGGAUAUUGGAAGGAUACGGGCGACCAGGAGUAGAGGGUUGUUGGAUAGUGGUGUGGCCAUGGACGAUGGUGGUGGCGUCCGAGGAGGAGACGAGGAGCAGAAUUGGUUAGGAGAGUAUGGCUCCAAGGAAUUCCGAUUCGGGCAGAUGGAGGAGCACGGUAUCGACGUGAGAGUGGUCGGCGGGAAUGUCAAAGGGGAAUCAGACGGAGAAGCCGGUAAGGUAGAUGAGUGGUGGAGUUGGAUAGGUGAAAAUCUAUAA